AUGAGAAUACUUUUAUUUCUAAUUUUCAUUACUAGUGUCUAUUCAAAUACUUUUGAUCCGGCAGAUGUCUUUGAGAAUGCGUUAUUGACAUACGUUAACAAAAGUGUGUGCCCCUGUGAGAAUUUCUAUAGGCAUGCAUGCUCGUUUGAUAGCCCACGCAAUUUAAUGGCAACUGCACUCAAAAACUUGACUUAUGAACUCAGACAAAAGCAAGCAGACUUGUUCUGGAAUCAUAUCACGCUUGUUUCCGACUACAAUCAGAAAUGGGCGCCGCAAAAAGAUCUGAUCGAUAGUCAUGCUGCAAUGGUUGAAUUUUUCGUUACUUUUAUAUAUGAUCUCUCGGUUUCACAGGAUUCAGUGUUGGACACGAAAUUGGUCAUUCAUUUUUUGCUAACCACAGUGGUACGGACAUCCUUCCGUAUUUCUCAGAAAAUGUAGAAAAAUGUGUGCAAAAUCAAUUUAAUUCCACAUGCAACGAAUAUAAAGAAGAAUCAUGUGUGACAAGGAACGAGAUGCUAGAUGACAACGGAGCAGAUAUUUUCGGUCUACAACUUGCAUAUAAACUGAUGGAAAAAUAUUUGUCUGGAAGACUAGAGGAAAGAAUUGAGCGCCUUAAUGUAACCCAGGAGCAGUUGUUUUUCUAUUCAUUUGCUAAUCAGUUUUGUUCCGGGAGUUUAUCAAAAGUUUUCAUAGAGGAAGAGGGAGACUAUGAUCCCCAUUCAGUAAACAAUGUAAGAGUAAAUGCUGUUGCGCAACACCCAGGGUUCCGAAAAGCCUUCAAUUGUCCCGAUAAUUCAAGAAUGAUGAAAUCAGCAACGGAACAGUGCAUUAUUUAUGGAGAAAAUGCACCGGAAACAAGAAAAAGGAAGAAAUUUCAAGAUAAUCUCAGAAAAUAAAUGAACUGUUAUCUGAAGAAGCAUUAAUAUUUAUUAUUGCAAUGAAAACCUUUAU